AUGCGAUUAGCUUUGACCAUCUCAUUUUUCCCUUUCCUGAAUUCCACACCAUCCCACCAUCAGCUUGGCAACCAUGGCAAAUUGAUCCUCAAGUCUGCAGACUGCAAAAAGAUCAGCACAACCAUGGGGACAACCUUUUGGAACUUGGGAGUGCUGAUCAUUGUCAUUGUUGCAUCAAUCCUGAAACCAGUAAUUUCAGACCCACAAACCAAUUUGCUAAACAGAGGAUGCAGUCAGUACAAUGCUACAAAUUUUAGGGACUUCCAUAACAAUCGAAAUGCCACCUUUAAUGAUCUCAGGAACCAGUUAUCCCUGCAAAACAAGCACUUUGCUACGGCACAGCAGUCCAGGUCACCUGACCCCGUUUAUGCCAUGGUUCAGUGCAGAAACUACCUCUCCACAGCUGAUUGUGUUUCCUGUUUUGAUGCUGCAGUGGCCAAGGCUGUGAAAUGCAAAGAUGCAAAUGGCGGUCGUGUUGUGUAUGAUGGCUGCUUCCUCAGGUACGAGAGCAACACCUUCUAUGAUCAGAGUACACUUCCAGGAAAUGUGGAGAUAUGCAGCACUCAGACUGGAUCUCGAGAAAAUGAAUUUGGAGCACAGGCACAAGCCCUGUUGAAGGAUCUUCAACUUGCAACGCCUAGGAUUACUGGUUACUUUGCGGCAUCUAAGAGGGAAGUGAGUCCAGGUGGUCGCACAGUUUAUGGGGUGGCACAAUGUGCUGAAACAAUCAGCCAAAGUGGUUGUGAAGAUUGCUUGACUGUGGCAUUUAACAAUAUACAGGGCUGUUUACCCAAUGCAGAUGGAAGGGCUGUUGAUGUCGCCUGCUUUCUUAGGUAUUCAGAGACUUCAUUUUUCCCUGAUAACCAGACAAUCGAUAUCACGCCCUUUCUACGAGGACGAGGUUUAAGCAAGAAGAAAGUUAUUAUCAUUGGAGUGGCUGCCGCAGGUGGUGGCCUUCUUAUUAUUAUUGCACUUGCUUUUAUUCUAUGGUGUCGGUUGCACAGAAAGCCAGAGGCGCCUCAAAAAGGUAACAUAUUCGGUGCAACUGAACUGCAGGGUCCUGUAGCUUAUGAUUUUAAAGUUCUGAAAACUGCAACAAGAGAUUUUAGCAAGGAAUGCAAGCUUGGAGGAGGAGGUUUUGGAGAGGUUUUCAAGGGUACUCUGAAUAAUGGAAAUAUAGUUGCUGUCAAGAAGCUAAAAGCAACUGCUAGUAGACCAAAGGAAGAGGUUGAAAGUGAAAUCAGAGUUAUUGGUAAUGUUCAUCACCGAAAUCUCAUUCGCUUACUUGGAUGCUCUACAAAAGGAGCAGAGCUACUCCUUGUGUACGAAUACAUGGCGAAUGGAAGCCUGGAUAAAUUCUUAUAUGGUGAUAAAAGAGGAUAUCUUAAUUGGAAGCAACGGUUCGACAUUGUGUUUGGAACAGCUAGGUGUCUUGCCUAUCUGCAUGAACAAUACCAUUUUUCUCUCAUUCAUCGAGAUGUUAAGUCCAGCAACAUUCUACUGGAUAAUUAUUUUCAGCCAAAAAUUUCUGAUUUUGGAAUGGCAGCACUUAUGCCCGAAGAUCGGAGCCAUCUGAGCAGCUUUUCUGGUAACUUGGGCUACAUAGCACCAGAAUAUGCAAUUCAUGGACAGCUUUCUGAGAAAGUUGAUGUUUACAGCUUUGGUGUUGUCGUUCUUGAAACAAUCAGUGGCAGAAGUAGCAACUACAAAACAGUUGAGCCAGGCCGUGACAAUCUUCUUGAACAGGCAUGGAAGCAGUAUGAGAGUGACAUGCAUUUGGCAUUCGUGGAUGAGACUUUGGACCCUAACGAUUGCAAGACAGACGAUGUAAAGAAACUCCUGGAAAUUGCUUUGCUAUGCACUCAAUCACAACCUUCUCGAAGGCCCACCAUGUCUGAGGUAGUUGUCAUGCUUUCAAGCGAUCGUUCAUGGGCGCAGCAACGCCCCUUAAGGACUACAGUUAUCUGAUCAGAUGGGAGAUUUUCGGCGAAUCUACAGAAAUUGCAUCAUCAAACUCCACUGCCACAGCCUCUAUUACAUGGUUGCCAGGCCAUUUUCUCGUAUUCAAAAUGCAGCAUUUUCACUUAUUUUCUUGUAUUUCACGCAUAUAAACAUCUGAAAUCCAAGAAAUCUCAUGAAAUGCUAGAAUUAUGUGUACAGAAGAGCUAGAACAAGGAAUCUAAUAAUAGCUUCAGACGCCGUACCUAUAUCUGAACUGGUUUAAGACCAUCAAGAUCUAUGGAUUUCAUUACUGCAUUCUGCACCAGCUGAGAUUGUUCUACUAGUUUCCAGCCAUUUGGAAAUGUUUUUGUUCUUUGGUAAUCUCACCAAUUCUUGAACUAUCAAUCACUCAUGGAAAUGAAGGAGCCACUUGAGCUUCCUGAGGUUUCACCUUCCAUCCAACUUGGAGAGCCUGAAACUUGACACCGGAUGCGAAGCUAAGUGCAGCAGUAUUCUCUUCAAAAGGGAUUACGAAGUCUUUGACAUGAAGAGUUGCUUGGUUGCAGUACAGAUAAACCCACUUUUUUCUCCGAAAGCAAGGAACGGUGAAAUGUACCCGGAAUAUUAUAUCCAGCUGAAUUUAAGGCAAUUGCAAAGUAGAGAACUUAAAUUCUUUUGGCAGUUUUAGUCAACAAUAUACCACCGUCAAUGCAGUCCCAA